GGGCGAUCCAUCACCCCCCAAUCCAUGCAAAUGGACUCGACCUCGAGGCCCUCAGUGAUCAAGUGCGUGCCUGUCGUAGAGAGAAUUCAAUUAAGUAGGGUCGGGUGGUUCCGCUUGGCCUGGUCACCUGGUCACCUCCUCUUGAGGUUCCUGUCCAGCUGGAGUCUUUCACAUUGGUACACCACGAGUGCGUGGUAUUUGCGUGGCAAUCAAAGUCAGUGUCGCUUUCAGUAUGGCUACGGCCAUGGAGAAUGCGCAGUCGCAGUGUGAACCGCGGACGUCGGGUGGUCUCCGCAUCACAACUUGGAACGGUGAGUUCAAGUAGUCCCCCGCCAACUCUGCUACGGAGUAGAUUGCAUUGCAGUGCUGAUGGGUAAUAGUGAACGGGAUCAGGUAUUUAUGUUCAAUGUGGCUACAUGGAGUCCCUCGCGCUGAAUCGUCAUCAGAAACCCCUUCUCCUACCAACCAUGGAGCCGAGAAAAGAAAUUUGGGGUAAGCCCCAUAUCUAUACCUACAUCUAUAUCCAUACCUGCACCUAAACCACCUCAAGUGCAGCCAAAGCCGAAGCUGAAGCCGAAGCCGGGCCCCGAGUUAUUGAAGGAGAAGUGCUAACUACUCCAGGCUAUGUUUGAUAUUCUGGAAGCGGAUAUUGUGGUCAUGCAAGAAACAAAGAUUCAGCGUAAAGACCUCCGAGAUGACAUGGUCCUCGUUCCGGGAUGGGAUGUGUUUUUCAGUCUCCCCAAGCACAAAAAAGGUGAGGAAAGCUCAAGCUCACGCGUCUCCGCAACCUACUCAGUCUCGUAUAGCAGCUCACGAACUCUCUAGGUUAUUCCGGAGUGGCAAUCUACACACGAAACUCGGCCUGUGCUCCUAUUCGUGCUGAGGAAGGGAUCACAGGAAUCCUCACCCCUCCCAACUCCUCAACAAGUUUCUGUAGCCUCCCAGAAGACCAACAGGUUGGGGGCUACCCUACUGCUGCUCAGCUAUCUAACUUCUCCCUUGAUGCUGCUGCGCUUGAUUCCGAAGGCCGCUGUGUUAUCCUCGAAUUCCCCGCGCUGGUGCUCAUUGGUGUCUACUGCCCUGCCAAUCGUGACGAGAGCCGCGAGGAGUUCCGCAUUGGCUUCCUGGAUGCCCUCGAUGCUCGGGUGAGGAAUCUUGUGGCAAUGGGCAAGCGAGUCUUCUUGACGGGCGACUUGAACAUUAUCCGCGAGAAGAUGGAUACUGCGUAUGGGGACGAGCAACUAAAGAAACACGGCAUGACGGGCGAAGAAUACUUGUCGACCCCAGCAAUGCGUAUGUUAAACCAGCUGCUUGUCGGCGGUAGAGUAAUCGGGCAGAAAGAUGACGAGGAAGAUCCGGCCAUUAUGUGGGACAUUUGCCGAGCGUUUCACCCAAACCGUGAAGGGAUGUUCACCUGUUGGGAUACGAAAAAGAAUGCUCGACCAGGAAAUUUUGGUUCUCGGAUUGACUAUGUUCUCUGUAGCCUUGACUGCUAUAAUUGGUUCCGGGAGUCUAAUAUUCAAGAGGGCUUGAUGGGCUCGGAUCAUUGUCCGGUAUAUGCCAUUCUGAAAGAGAAGGUGGAGAUUAACGGUUCCGAGGUUGACGUGAGAGACAUUUUCAGCGCGGGAAUGUUCACAGGAGGGAUUCGGCAAAGGGAAUGGUGUACGAAGGAUCUACUGCCGCUCUCAGGGAGGCUGAUACCAGAGUUUGACCGUCGGCAGAGCAUCCGUGAUAUGUUUUCCCAAAGAUCACGCCAACCAAAAAUAGGCAGCUGUUCAUCGGAAAUCGAAGCUUCGGGAUUGCACACAAUACAAGAACCGCUUCAAGAGAGAAGCAUCUUACCCUCCGUCAGUGACAACCUCGAAAAGCCAAACGAUGUAGCCCCCAGACCACCGCAGACCCCAAAGGAAGUCAGUCUCGCAAUAAGUCGACCUAACCACCCACCCAAGCGGCCAACAGUGGCCAACGGGAUUUCGACGCCUCCCCAAAAACGUAACAAAAUCGGAGAGUUUGCGAAAAGAACGAUGCCAAGAGGAAAGGGGCAACCCGGAAAAACUCAAAGCAGCAUCAUAGGUUUCUUCAAACCGGAAACUUUGAACGCAAUCGAUCAAGAAGCCUCACAAUUAUGUGAUUCGAACCCUGAACCAUCUGCCCCCAACGCAAGAGCGGCCGAUGUCGUACACAUUACACCAAGUGAGCAAGAUUAUGUGAUUGACUCUACCGCUAGCAAAGAAGGUUGGUCCAAAAUAUUGGGGAAACGGCAGCCGCCCCUCUGUGAACAUGGAGAACCAUGUAUAAGUUACCUUACUAAAAAGGCAGGCCUGAAUUGUGGCAGGUCUUUCUACAUGUGCGCAAAACCCUUAGGUCCCUCUGGUCAGAAGGAGAAAAAUACAGAAUGGCGAUGUGGAACAUUCAUCUGGAGUAGUGAUUGGAUGGGCAACAGAAAAUGAUGAGAAGCUGAACAAUGAUGACGGCCAUCGCACCAGUAUUUCGUGUCUUUUCAGGUAAGACAAUAUCCCAUCGCCCGGUUGGAAUUGCCUCACCAUCCUCACCAUGAACACCAUAUUUGUAAAUGUUCACUUAGUCUUUCCAAUCCCGGUUCAAUUCCCCUCAGCAAUAAUGACUCGUCUAGGCUCAAUGUCUACUUGCGGGUUACAGCAUAAAUGUUUAGGUCCUGUGCCUUGGUAUCGCAGCUGCUAGUCACAAACAGAGCUAUGAACGUCGGAACUGAAUUGCAUGGUUCUAAGGAUAUGGGCCCGUAAGAUUUUGAUAGCACACAAUUGAUGGCUCAAAACAUUCGUUUUUUAUCAUAG